UUGACUUACUAUCGCGGCACAGAAUCCGGCAAUAUCACACUGACCGCGUGGAGCGUCGCUGCUCGUACGAUCACCAUUCAAAGCCUUGUAAGGUGGGAGGUCUCGGCUCGGUACGAAAGCGUCAUGGAAAGCUGAAUCCAUUUCUCGUGUUGUUGGCGGUGUUAUUGUGGACAUGAGAUGGGUAUAAAAGCUUCGAGACGUGCCCGAGAAUCGAAGAAAUCAUCUCCAACACACACCUCUGAGGACAAUCCCCUAUCCCUUCGCAAACGAGACACAAACACACGCACCUUCUUUGACUCGUCAACGAAUCAUCAUCAACAUGAAGUUCUCCGCCACCUCCAUCGCCGCCAUGGUCGCCACCCUGGCCUCCACCGGCUUAGCGACCGUGUUCACGGGCACUCGCACUGGCAUCGACGGAAGUCAGGCCGCGGUCGCCUGGACGAACGGCACCCCGGACCUCUGCUCCGGCUUCGGCAAGAUCGUUGACGGCACGGGCAACCCGUGCGGCCGCGACUUCUUUGUCGACGGCAGCAACGGCCCCUUCCGCCUCGAGGGCUGCGGCGGUGCCGGUCUCACCCUGUUCCGCAGCGGCCAGUUCAACGCCAACUGCCGGUUCCAGCAGCGCACCUUCAAUUGCCCUGGCGGGGCUCGGAUCCGUCAGGACUGGGUCUGCUAGGUGCCUUACCUAACUAAGCACAUGCUCCGUUCUGGAUGUGCCAGCCGCGAGGAGAUGAUGCAUGUGAAGUGUUGCGGAGGAGACGCUGCAAGUUCAAAUUAGAUUUGAGGGAAAGGGGGGAUCAAUUAUGGCUGGUAGUCUGCGGAGACUCUGUAGUUUCAACAACUACAGACUUUUGAUAUAUUACACAUUGAGACUUCUCUGGGGUAUUCAUGACUGGGACUAUCAUGAGAAGAAGUCCUCUACAUGACCGAAGGCUCAAUCUGCAUAAGUG